AGGAGCUCUCACGCGCGCUUUCCUCUCAUCCCCCUCCCCGCUUCAUCACUGCGCCCAGCACGCGUGCGCACUCUUGAGGGCGGGGCUGAAGUCGGGAGCCCGGUGGCGGCGGAGGCGUCUGACAGAGCCGCGCAUCCUCCUCCUUCCCUCCCUUGCCGGCUCAGGGAGACCAAGCGGUCGAGCGCUGUUCAGACAUCCUCCUCCACCAUCACCAGCCGCGGCCCGGCUUGGCCUAGUUUAUUAACCGCAGCGCCGAAAUUUCCUACCCCUUCCUCGCCCGACCUCCCUUUCUUCCCCAGAGGAAAGAAAUUUCGCCUCAUCCCUUCCUCCUCCUCCUCAUUUCUCCGUUAUUUCCUCCUCCUCCUCCCUCUUUUAUCCAGCGCGCCCAUUUUCUCUCUCAGCUUUUCCUUCCUUCGCACCCCCACAAUGAGGCUGAAGGGCCGGGGAUGCAACGGCGGCAGAGAGGAAGGCGGGGAGGAGGAGCCCGGGCCGGCCCCCCCACCGAUGCGGAGCCCAUUCGUGCACCACCUGCGCUUCAGCGCCCUGCAGAAAGCCAAGAUUGCCUUCAUGACACUGACCCUGUUCCCCAUCCGGCUGUUUUUUGCCGCUUUUAUGAUGUUGUUGGCCUGGCCUUUUGCAUUCAUCGCAUCAAUGGGAUCUCCUGAGAGAGGACUAGAAAAGCCCCUCUCUUGGUGGCGAAAAGUUGUGGAUGUCUUGCUCAAGGCAAUCAUGAGGACAAUGUGGCUUGCUGGUGGAUUCCAUUGGAUAAAUGUGAAGGGCAGGCAGGCAUUGCCUACUGAAGCGGCAAUAUUGACUCUGGCCCCACAUUCCUCAUACUUCGAUGCUAUACCAGUAACAAUGACCAUGGCCUCCAUUGUCAUGAAAGCAGAAAGCAAAGAUAUUCCUGUUUGGGGAACUCUAAUCAAAUACAUUCGGCCCAUGUUUGUAUCUCGAUCAGAUCAAGAUUCCCGCAGGAAAACUGUUGAGGAGAUAAGACGACGUGCUCAGUCUAAUGGCAAAUGGCCACAGAUAAUGAUAUUCCCAGAAGGAACAUGCACUAAUCGAUCUUGUCUAAUUACCUUCAAGCCUGGAGCAUUUAUCCCUGGAGUGCCUGUCCAACCUGUGAUUUUACGCUAUCCAAACAAAUCGGAUACAAUUACAUGGACAUGGCAGGGUCCCGGAGCGCUGAAAAUUCUGUGGCUUACUUUAUGUCAAUUUCAUAAUUUUGUGGAAAUAGAGUUUCUGCCUGUAUAUAUACCCUCUGAAGAAGAAAAGAAAAACCCGUCUUUAUAUGCAAAUAAUGUGAGACGUGUCAUGGCAAAGGCUUUGGGAGUUUCAGUAACAGAUUACACUUUUGAAGACUGCCAGCUAGCUUUGGCUGAAGGACAACUUCGUCUCCCUUCAAACACCUGCCUCUUAGAAUUUGCAAAACUUGUGAGAAGCCUUGGGUUAAAGCCAGAGAAGCUUGAAAAAGAGCUUGAUGCAUAUUCAGGAAGUACCAAGAGAAUGAAAGACAAAAGGAUCAGUCUCAAGGAGUUUGCUGAAUAUUUGGAAAUCCCACUGUGUGACACAUUAGAAAACAUGUUUGCACUUUUUGAUGAGAAGGAAGAUGGUCUGAUUGACUUAAGAGAAUAUGUAAUUGCUUUGUCAGUAGUCUGUAGGCCAUCCAAAACCUUGCAAACAAUACAACUGGCUUUUAAGAUGUAUCAGUCAGAAAUUGGAGCUCUAACAGAAGAAGAUUUAACUUGCAUUCUAAAGACUGCCAUGGGUGUUUCAGACCUUAAUGUGUCAAACCUUUUUAGAGCUAUAGACUUUGCAGAAAAGAGGGAAAUUAUAUAUGAUGAUUUCCACAAGUUUGUAGAAAUGUAUCCAAACUUCGCGGAGGAGUAUUUAUAUCCUGAUCAGAUGGAAAGUUGUCCUGCCCCUAAUGGUUUCUGUACAGACUUCAGCCCAGAAAUUACUGAAGACAGAAGAAAUUACCUGCAGAAGAAACUGAAUUAAUAUUCACAGUUCCACCAUCCUCUUCUGGUGAGAGGAGUAUGUCCUGCCUUGGGCUCUUCAUAGUCACACAACUAUAGAAUUUGAAGUAUAUGAGGGGUGUGUAAGAGAGAGAGGAAAGUGUGUGUGUGUGUGUGUGUGUGUGUGAGAGAGAGAGAGAGAAAGAGAGAGAGAGAGAAGAUUUUGCUGCAUUAAUGGGCAUCUUCAGAAUUCCUUCUAGGAAGAUACUGUUUUUCCAUCAGCAUCUUUGAAAUUAAAGAAUGUAUAUGAACUUUUAUUUGUGUACUUAAAAAUAAGAUGCUUGCAUAUUUAUAUUCCAUUGUUAGUUCCAUGUACAAAGUGUCCUACAGAGUGUGCAUGUAUAAAGAAUACUGUAGCUCCUAUAGUGUCAAGUGCACUUCGGUGAUUAGUGUUAUUCCUGUUUAGGGAAUUGUUUGGGGUCAAGUUCUGCUUUCCUUCUUCAUGUGAAGAAAGGUCUGUUUACUGGUGAUUGUCGUCACUGCUCUUCUGAACAAGGCAGGCUCAACUUAGCCCUUCUGUUUUCAUUUCAGUAUAUAGUUAAAGGAAGAAAAGUAUGCAAAAAUAUUUUUAACUUAAGGAUUUUUUUUUAUUUUCCUUGUACUUUUUUUGUCUUUCAGUCUAUAGUAGUAUCAAAAAUGGGAAGGGGGUUGUUGUUCCCUGGGUUGUGUGCAUUCAGUGCUAACCCCCCCAAAAAAUCUCCACCAAAUAACAAAAAUUCUAAGGAAGCUGAAUUCUAUAUAAAUCAUGAAAAUUAGAUGCAUUUCCACAUUUUAUAUAGUUCUGCUUUUCCUUAACGUGGGCAAUGAUGAACUAGGCAGGUGUGAGAAACACUGGGUGCCAGUGUUAUCUAGUGGUUAGAGUGUUGGACCUAGACCUGGGAAGACCUGAGUUAAAUCCUCUCUCAGUCACAAAACUCACCAGCUGACCUAGGGUUAAUCACACACUCUUAGCCACACCUACCUCACAGGGUUGUUGUGAAUGUAAAAUGUAAUGGGAGGAACACUAUACACUGCCUUGAGCUCCUUGGAAGAAAGGUGUUAUAUAAACUGCCCAGACAACUGGAAAUUCAUAUUAAUGCUCCCACCCAGUCCCCCUAAAAGCUGCUGAGAUUUCAUUGCCCACAUACUUUCAAGUUUGUCUUCAUAGCCAUAAGGGUUAGAAACAUUCAUUUUGAAAAAUGAAACCUGAAAUUCUCAGGAUGCUGAACACUGCCCUAAAUUCAAUUUUCUCUUCUUCAUGGGUAUGAUCACAGAAUACACACAGCCCUGGCCAUUUUCCUGUGUUUUCUGUUACUGUUCCAUUCAGGUUUUCCUGAGGAGGAUAAUAAACAAGGUAGAUUUAUAAACAGCUUCAAUGGAUAUGGCAUUUUGCACAGAAACAAAGUAAUGCAUAAUGGAGACUGAACAGGCAUAAAAUAAACUCUGGCUAACAUCAGAAAACCAAAAUUUGCUGCCCUGGGCUCCUGCUGUAAGGAAGGGCGGGAUAUAAAUCAAAUAAUUAAUUAAAUAAAUAAAAUACUCCCUCCUGAGCAUCUAGACAACACAAGAUUUGACUGUACAAAUUUUCAGAAAGAACUCGCAGUGAUAUCUGAUGCUGUUUUUCUACUGUCCCAUAGCUUUGCAACUCGUUUUCAUUGCAAAACACUUUUCAAGUGGUCACUUACAUGAUUUUACUGAUCUAAAAUGUGUUCUCCCCAUAGUUCAUUUUUAAAAAUUGAUAUGGUAUAAUUUGUUUUCCACUAGCUUUCUAACCCCUUUUUAACAUAUAGAGAAGUUAAAAAAAGAGAACAUCUGCACUUAGAGGUGUUUUAUGUAUGCAUUCGUAUGCAGUUGGAAUCAUGUAACUGAGCAGCUAUUUAGGUUGCCAUAGCAUUUGAAGAUAAUUUUUUUCUUAUAUCUCCUAAAGUCCUGAAGUAUAGUCUUAUAAAAUGUUACAAACUGAUGGUUUGUUCUCCAUACCAUCUGUGUGCUUGCAUGAUAGCAUUUCACCUUCCUCUCAUUCCCCUGCAACCCCCAAAAUCUGCUCUGCGUGGAUGAGGCACACUUACCAUUAUGCCAGUAAAUAUCCUUGCCAUUGAUUCGUCCCAUUUCCCACAAACGUUUUCACUCUCUGCUCUUGCCUUUCAUACACUAGACUUCGCAUCCAACUGCCAUAUACUUCCUUCUUACCCACCUACCCCACUCUAGAUGCUUUCAUAUUAGCAUUAACUCUAGAAUUGCCACUUUUUGUCCACUCACUUUCUCCUAGCCAUCUACAUGGUAUCGCCAAUUUGUUGUACUGCCUUUUCUGUGCUUUCUCCAUUUCUUUUUGAUAGCUCACCAAAUUCACUUUUUUUUUGACAGAACAAAACAGUAAAGCAAUCUCUAGGCUUAGAACACCUUAGUGCUACCCUUCCAUCAAUUUUAUGAGCUUUUUUGUCAUGUGCAGUGACAUUAGCCACCCCACCAUCAUAUCGCUUCGCUAUUGCCUUUCCAGUUGCCAUUUUUAGCAGUAUGUUUUUUUUACUCUUUCAUUUUGGUGGUUUUUUAAAAAAAACAUUUUAGUGCAAAUCUGAAAAUAGAUGCUCACAGUUGUGGAACAUAGCAGGGUACACACACACAAACUGCUACACCCCCUAAAGUGUGCAAAGCUAGUUACAAUUCUGCAUGUAGCUUAGAAUGGAAGAAUAGUAACUGAAUAACACUAAAAAUAAACACUGGCAGUGUGAAGGCAUCCUAUGUGUCAUUUGUCUUUUCAUCUAACAUCCCACAUACACCAUAGAAUAUGAAAUAAAAUGUUCUUUUAUUUUUAUUUUUUGAAACAAAAGCUAAACUUCAUUCUAAAGAGAUCAGACUGCUGGUUUAUUUACAUGCCUGUUCUAUUCAGAGACUAAUUUCCUGCUCAUUAUGGGCAAAGCUAACGGAGCCUAAUACCAAACCUGAAUAUUUGUGCAGAUAGUCCUAUUGAAACUGGUAGGGUGGUGUGUUUCAACUCUGGGACCAAAGAAUCAAGGAUACUUCUGUUAUUGUUAAGAGCUGUUAUGAUCACUUCAGCCCUUCUGUUAGUGGGAACAGCUUUUGAUAAUUUCAGCUUGAGGGAUGAAUGACUAUAAUAUAGAAUUCUACUUGAGUGAGUGUCACAGCAUUUUCUUACCGCCUACUGAAUUUUUUCCCUAACUUUCUGAAGCAUAAGGAUUUUUAUAUGGAGCAAUGGCUGGGGAUCUUGUGCUAUCAAGUUAAUUUUUUUGCUGUUGGUCCUCUUCCAAAGAAUUGCUUAGGCUCAGCAUUCUUGAUUUUGCAAAGCAUGUGGAGAAGUAGGUAAAAAAAAAAAAAAAAACAACCCUGUAAUCCUCCUCAUGGAAUGCCUUCGGAAUUUUCACAGGCAAAUUCCAUAUAGAAUCUGAAAUGUAUAAUAUCUUUUUUGUUUAAAAAUUAAGUAGAUAGGAUGGGAUAGGGAAACAGCAGAUGAAGGCUAUUUUCAAUAGGUUUCCUAUGGAAUUAGUCCUGGAAUGAUGCUUAUUCUCUCUUUCUCACUUUGCCAAAUUUAUAUAUGAAAUGACACAUGUAUCAUCAUUUGCGUAGAUUUAUCAUAGUAUGAUUUCAGCCAUGUUUUAUGUGAGUUUGGAUCAAGUGGGCUGUGUUAACCACAACAAAGCAUCCAUUUAUGAAUUUGAACCACCCUGGGAAUUGUGCUAAUUCGUUGCUAACAGCAUUUU